AUGAAGCAGUACACUCGCGCUGUCGAACUGACGCUUGCUGCCUGCUUCGGACGGCUGUUUACGGCUUCCAAAUUGGGCCAGCUCUGCCACCGCCGCUGGUCGCCACAGCAACAGUGGAUCGUCGAAGACCGAGCUGCCGGUCGCCGAAACUGCUCCGACCAGGAUAGGAAAAUGGACGAGUUCGGGGACCAAUCAGGAAAGCUGAGUCUCAGUUAA